AUGUCGCUCUUUGCAAAGGCAUUCUCUCCCGCCGUGCGAGAAUUGCGCAUCCUCUGCUGCCAAACCGGUACGGCUUCUGCAGGGAUUAGGCAAUUCAUACAGUCCACUUAUCCUGCGAUUAAGAAGGCCAAUCCAGAUGUUCCCAUACUUAUACGAGAAGCGGGAGGGACACAAGCACGCGUGUUUGCGCGAUUUGAACAAGGUCUCGAGAGGCAUGUCGAGGUCGAUAACCUCAGCGCAGCAGAUAUCGAACGGAAGGUCGCAGAAAUAGUGGUCUCAAGCUAAGCAAGGAAUUUCGGCGAUCCAAGGUGGUUACUGGGGGUCCAAGCUGUAAGUAUUCUUCUCCAGCUCGACCUCAAGCAUCUUUUGCACGCGUUCCAGUUGAUCCAUCUGCACAACUAAGUGGGUCUCGUCUAAAUCUUGUAUAAUGAAUUUU